AUGCGUCGUUGCGAAUUAGGUUUUAUGAUUGAUGUUUUAAUCAGUAAUUGGAUUUCAAGUUUAAGGACUCCGAUUUUCAAUUUUGGACAUCAAACUUCAAAUGAUGACGAUGAUUAUGAUAAUGACGAUGAAGAGGAAUCGGUUGGAGCAAAGUGCUCAAAUAGCCAAGCAGUUGUAGGUGAUAGAUUUGUGAGUAUUAAUUCCAUUACUUCAGAUGAAAUUCGUGCUAUGGAGUUUAGAACUGUGAGUGAAUAUUAUAACUUUUAUUAUAGUUAUGGAAAAUAUAAAGGUUUUGCCAUUAGGAAAGGCGAUGUUAGGCGGAGAGGGCCCGAAGGUAGUGAAAUAGUAGUAAUGAGACAAUAUGUAUACAACAACCAUGGGUUAAGAGACAAUAAGCACUUAGUUAGGGUAGAUAGGAAAAGAGAUCACCGAUGUUUGACUCGUACAAGAUGCGCACCUAGGCUCUAUGUGCAUUACAAAGACAAAAAGGAUAGAGCUCAAAUUGAUGGUCUUCAGUCACAAGGAAUCAUAACGUGUCAUAUAAUGGGAUACAUGGUUGCUCAAAAGGGUGGAUAUAAUGAUGUUGGUUUUACAAAGAAAUAUUUGUACAAUUAUUCUGAUAAAAAAAAGGGUGUUGCUAUUAAAGAUGGUGAUGUUGGUGUUACUUUAAAUUUCCUCAAUGUGAAAUCAUUUGCGAAUCUUAUGAUGUAUGCAGAAUAUUGUGUCAAUAGUGAAAGAAGAUUGAAAUCACUUUUUUGGGCAGACGAUACUAGUAGAUCAUAUUAUUUCGGUUUUGACGAUGUUGUUGUGUUUGGCACAACUUCAAAGAUACAGUUAUCUGUUGGUUAA